UCGCGACUCCUUUUCAAUUUCUCUCUACCACCACUUCUCUCUCUAAAAACCUGAUAUUUCCGCCUGCCAUUUUUGUUCUUUGACUUUUUGAUCUCCUGCCACCAUGUCAACGAUGGCAGAGAUGGAGCCACUAACAUCAGGAGCGAGCAAUCGAAUAAUCCCAAUCUUGAAAACCCUAAGAACUUCUCUCCUCUACAUUCACGCACUUCUCUUUUCCGUCCUUCUCCUCCUUCUCCCUCGUCGUUACCGCCGCCGUUACACGGCGGACUCCUCAGCGGAGCAAUCGCCUAGAAAGUCAGUGAAACGAUGGAGAUUGGAGGAGGAAGAUACUAUAAAAAGGAGAGCUCUUGCUGAGGGUAUCGAUAUGACGACCGGUAACGAAGACUGCCGGUGGAGUACGUUCUUGUUCUUUGGUGUUAGACGAAAUGCACUCUUCACCAGGUCUUGGUUUCCGGUAACCUUUACCGGGCAAAAGAAGGGCAUUUUGGUUAUUAUUCAUGGCCUUAAUGAGCACAGUGGACGAUAUGCUCAAUUCGCAAAGCAACUAACCUCAUGCAACUUUGGUGUCUAUGCAAUGGAUUGGAUAGGUCAUGGUGGGAGUGAUGGGUUGCAUGGAUAUGUUCCUUCACUAGAUCAUGUUGUUGCAGAUACUGGAGCUUUCUUGGAAAAGAUUAAGUCGGAGAACCCUGGAGUACCAUGCUUCCUUUUUGGUCACUCAACUGGAGGUGCUGUGGUUUUAAAGGCGGCCUCAUAUCCUAACAUUGAAGAAAUGCUGGAGGGAAUUAUACUGACCUCACCAGCUUUGCGUGUCAAGCCUGCACAUCCUAUUGUUGGGGCUGUGGCUCCUUUUUUCUCUCUGGUUAUCCCCAAGUUCCAAUUUAAAGGAGCGAACAAAAGGGGCAUUCCAGUUUCUAGGGAUCCUGCAGCACUUCUGGCCAAGUAUUCUGAUCCAUUGGUCUAUACAGGACCCAUAAGGGUCCGCACAGGGCAUGAGAUAUUGCGUAUAUCCUCGUAUUUGCUGCGCAAUUUCAAAUCUGUGACUGUUCCAUUCUUUGUUCUCCAUGGAACUGCUGACAAGGUAACUGAUCCUCUAGCAUCUCAGGAUUUGUACAAUGAGGCAGCCUCCAAGUUCAAAGAUAUAAAGCUUUAUGAUGGUUUCUUGCAUGACCUUCUCUUUGAGCCUGAACGUGAAGAAGUUGGUCAGGAUAUAAUCAGCUGGAUGGAGAAGAAGAUUAGGAGCUGAUUCUGAACAAGUUUACAAUCACUGGUAGAUUUUCUUACAGGAUGGUCAAGAGUUUGGCUAGUCAUAAGCAUAGCUAUUUCAGUUGUCAAAUUGUGUCACAGGUUUAUUCUCAUGAAACCGGAACUUGUAUUUAUGCAAAGAUAAAGUUCAUAAUUAAAA